AGGGAAAAUUAAAGAAAAAGAAGCGAGCCAAAAAAAAGAGAGCGCCGAAAUUGUUCAGACAAAGGCGACUAAUUUCAAUUUAACACUCAAAAUCAAGAAUUCUAAAUUCUUGAACAAAUUGUAGGCUCUGGCAAUAGCAAGAUUUUAUUACUGCUCUUUUCUAAAUAAAAUGGCUUCUAUCACCUUCACUGACUGUUCCUCCCCCGCUACAGCUCGGCUUCUUCCCUUCACCCGGAGCACAACCACCGCCACUUUCCGCCGUAAUAAUAAAAGCUUCGUCUUCCUCCGCCGCUUGGUGGGUCCUCUCUCAAUUAGCACCACCUCUCUUAGAACAGUCAGUGUUGGGUCUUCGCCAACUACUCAAUCGCCACCCAUCAAUGCUUCGUUGGGGAGCGAGACGGGUGCUAAGGUGAUUGAUGGGAAGAUGGUGGCUAAGAAAAUAAGGGAGGAGAUAAGUGCUGAAGUAUCAAGGAUGAAGGAUGAAAUUGGCGUUGUUCCCGGGUUGGCUGUUAUUCUUGUAGGGGACAGGAAAGAUUCGGCUACUUAUGUACGGAACAAGAAGAAAGCUUGCGAAUCUGCUGGAAUUAAUUCUUAUGAAGCGAACCUUUCUGAAGAUUCAACAGAACAAGAAGUGCUCAAGUUUAUUUCGGAUUUUAAUGAUGAUCCUUCCGUUCAUGGCAUCCUUGUGCAGUUGCCUCUUCCUUCUCAUAUGAAUGAGCAGAACAUCUUGAAUGCAGUAAGCAUUGAGAAAGAUGUUGAUGGUUUUCAUCCAUUGAAUAUUGGCUGUCUUGCCAUGCGGGGAAGAGAACCUUUGUUUGUUCCAUGUACACCUAAAGGGUGCAUUGAAUUAUUGCAUAGAUAUGGCGUUGAAAUCAAAGGGAAGAGGGCAGUGGUGAUUGGUCGCAGCAAUAUUGUUGGAAUGCCAGCUGCUUUGUUGCUUCAAAGGGAAGAUGCUACAGUAAGUAUCGUUCAUUCGAGAACUAAGAAUCCUGAGGAGAUCACCAGACAAGCAGACAUCAUAAUCUCCGCUGUAGGACAACCAAACAUGGUGCGAGAGAAUUGGAUAAAACCUGGCGCUGUUAUAAUUGAUGUUGGAAUCAAUCCUGUGGAGGAUGCAAAUAGUCCUCGAGGGUACAGGCUGGUCGGAGAUGUUUGCUAUGAGGAGGCCUGCAAAGUUGCUUCAGCAGUAACUCCAGUUCCUGGUGGAGUUGGUCCUAUGACCAUAGCAAUGCUUCUUGCGAAUACUCUCACCUCGGCGAAGAGAUUGCACAAUUUUCAGUAACUAAAAUUUUCAAGUAUUUAGUACUGAUCAGGAAAGAUAUAACUUCGUAGGAACUGAUCUUAAAUUAUAUUGUCGCUCGAGCUUCUUUAUUGAGAAUGAAAGAUUAAGUGGCAGGACACUGUUUCAAGACAUUUGUCUUGUGAAGAAUUGUACACAAUGAGGGCAAAGCAGUUUGUGUUGCUACACUGCUAAAUGUAUGUUGAGUCUUGUAGGUUCAAGAGGUUGCAUAAUCAUUGCUUUUAAAGAGAAUUUUUCUUCAA